AAAUCUAUUAUUUUAUUAUCUAUUAUUUUCACUAUACGAGUCAUUUACUUUGAAAUGUUCUACCGGAAAUGGAACUCGGUAGUGCUAGCUUUCCGCUUUUGAGAGAUGAAAAAUAUAAUUAACCGCAAAUGCUUUUCGUUGUACUUGCGCUUUACUUUUAUUUUUUUAAAGUUAUGAAAUUAAGUGUUUUUUUUUUUCAAACGUCGCCAUCACGCUGGAACCGAAUUUCGUAAAAUGUAAUUGUUUUUUGUUUUUUUUUUUUCGGUCGAACUUGUCUGUUGCCCCGCCCACACAUUCCUCCGUCUCGGGGCUCUGAGGAGGAGGAGGAGGCAAGAAAAACCAAAAAAGAGGCCCCAGAAAACUGUCUGAGGACUCCGAACCAGAGAAGAGAUGAGCAUAAACAUCAAGACGAGGAUUUCUCAGUCUGAAUCCGACCUGUCGUAGUCCCCGGACUCCUGGAUCCGCUUCCGACCGAGUUCUCGUGUCUCUUCUUUGCGUUUUACUUGUUAGCAACUUUUUUUCUAAUUAGGGAGUUUGCAAAAACUGCGUAGCAACAAAGUUUUCCCACCGGAGGAGAUUUAAAAAAACGAGGGUAAAAGCGUCUGAGAGGACGGAAGAAGUCAUGGAGAUCCUGGACAGCAGUGAACCGUAUCUAAACUGGGACAGGAACCUGAGCGAACUGUCUGAGAGCGGGGAGAUCGACUCGGUCCUCUACAACAAUCAUUUCUCCGAGCUCCUGGACGACCUCUCCCAGGAUGCUUUGCUGGGCCAGCUCCUCAGCGACCCCUUCCUGUCCGGGGUCAGGGGCGGAGUGGAAGCCAUGGAGGGGGAAGACGGAGGCGACCUGUCCCCCAGCUCCCCCCAGCCCCCCCACAUCACCGCCGAGCACAGCUACUCGCUGUGCGGCGACAGCCGGCCCCAGUCGCCGCUGUCGCACCUGACCGGAGAGCAAGGCAGCGACGCAGAGUCUGACGGAGAUCCGACCGACUGGGCCAUGGAGCAGGAGGAGGCCAUCGAGAGCCUCCUGUGUGAGGCUCCCUCCCUGCUCCCCGCCCUCGCCCUCUCUCUAGCCCCUGGCGAGGGGCCCCCGCCCCCUGAGGGCCCCGCAGCUUCACCUGCCGCCUCACCUCCGACACCAGUCAGCACCAGCAGUCAGAGCAAAGGCGUCAAGGUGAAGGAGGAGAACGUAAUCCCUCAGAUUAAGCUGGAACCUCAUGAAGUGGAUCAGUUCCUCAAUCUGUCACACAAAGGCCUGGAGUCCCUGCAGAUGCCUCCCACCCCGCCCAGCUCCCACGGCAGUGACUCCGAGGGCAGCCAGAGUCCCGUCCACGCCCCGCCCGGCCUGUCCUGCCCCACCUCCCCCACCAGCCCUCCUCCAUGUCAGUCCAGCAUGAAGGCCUCGCCGCGGGCUGCGUCCUCCCUGUCCAACUCCCCACUCCUCACCGCUCCUCACAAGCUGCAGGGAUCAGGACCGCUCAUCCUGACUGAGGAGGAGCGCCGCACGCUGGUGGCAGAAGGUUACCCGGUUCCAACCAAACUGCCGCUGACCAAAGCGGAGGAGAAGGCUCUGAAGAAGAUCCGCAGAAAGAUCAAGAACAAGAUUUCAGCUCAGGAGAGUCGCCGGAAGAAAAAGGAGUACAUGGAUGCUCUUGAGAAAAAGGUGGAGAACUGCUCCAAUGAAAACAGUGAGCUGCGCAGGAAAGUGGAGACUCUGGAGAGCACAAACAAGUCUCUGCUGCAGCAGCUGCAGUCUCUCCAGGCCAUGGUGACAGGAAAACUCCCCAAAUCCUGCCGGGUGGCCGGCACCCAGACCUCCUCCUGCCUGAUGGUGGUGGUGCUGUGCUUCGCUCUGUUUCUGGGAAGCUUUUGUCCGAGUGGUCUGACUCCGUGUUCAAGCAUCACGGAAACGGGAAUGGCCUCCAAACAGAUGGAGUCCUACACCGCCACAGUGAAGUCCAGGAGUCUGCUGUCAACUUUUGAGGAGGAGCCGCCUCAGCUGCUCGGCCUUGGCGGGGAAUAUCCCGAGCAGUGGGAGGACACCACCGCCGUUGUCAUGGCGGCGUGGCGGCGCUCCGAGCAGCAGAAGCUGGAGGUGGAGCCGGACACGCACCCGCCUUUUAGGAACAACAACGCCACGCAGAAAAACCUGCUGCUGGACCUGCACAGGUCGAGGGCCAACGACAGCAGCCGCAAAGUGAUCGAGCUGGAGCGCUCCGUCAACGAGACGUCCUGAGGGCCGACGCCCGCUCCACCCGACACACUGGAACGACAGACGCGGCGGCGCCGGCUGCCUCUCGCUUCUGCGCUCAAGUUGCACUGAUGGUUUCACGCGUGACAAACGUAAACGUGGCGAGUUUCCCCGAGAAAAGGAACGGCUGUGUGAGAGGACGACUUCUGUAUUUAUAGAAACCUUUGAUUUGUUGUGAAAUCUCAUUUCAUUCCAGUUUAUGUUUUUUGAUACGGGCUUUUGUUGUAUUUUUAUGAUCUCUUUUUAUAUUUGAAUUCUUUUCGGCGUUCAGACGGAUGGAAGGUCACGUCAGGUCAAACAUCCGUGGACGUUCGCUAACAGCUUUUCUGUUCACAAACUUCUCUUUGCUCAUUUUAGUUCUAUUUAUGUUUGUUGUCCUGAAAACUAUUUAUAUCUCUGCUGAGAAAUGAUUUUUUUAGGGGUUUCAGCAGAAAAAAAGCAUCUUAAAUGGAAGUUAAAGUUCAGAUUUCUGUUUUUUCUGUCAGCAUUUACCAAAAAUAUUUAUCCCUAAACGUAAAAGUGUAUUAUUUUUAUUUAAUAAACAAAUCUAAGCGUGUCUGGGAUGUGUAGACGAUGAAAUUCACAGCUUUAGAACCUGUUUGGGGUUUUUAACGUGUAAAGUUUCCAGAAAAAUCCCUACAGAUUUGUUUGUUUUUAGCGUUUGAGAAGAACGUUCCGGAUCCGUGGAUUCCUCCUGCAAACGCUUCUUCCCGAGCCUGGAGAAAGAAGGUUUUUGCAGCAGCUUAACGUUACCAGUCAGAAAAGUCGCUUGAAUCAAGUUUUUUUGCUUGUUGCUCCUGUGUAAAGCCGGGCUCACCUGCUUUUUAUUAUUAAUAAAGUAUUUUCCGUAGUAAAAGUACACAGACUCUGA